AUGCAGGCGUUGACUGCUGUGUGCGAGGCGCUGCAUGCUCCGCCCACGAGCCCCGAGGCCGAGCGCCGCCGCGCCGAGGCCGAAGCCGUGCUGGAGCACUUCAAGCGCAGCCCCAGCGCGCUCGCGGACGCCAUGGCGCUGCUGCGCGACGCGCAGACGCCGCAGGUGGUGCAGUUCCACUGCGUCGCCACCAUCCGCGAGGUGACGCUGCAGCGCUGGCCGCUGCUGGCGCUCGCGGACAAGUCGCAGGCGCUGGACUUCCUCAUGCAGCUGCUGCUGGAGCGCGGCGCGGCGCUGCCGAGGUUCGUGGCGGCCUCGGCGCUGCAGACGGCCGUGCUGCUGGUCAAGCGCGGCUGGCUGGACCGCCUCGAGUCGGAGCGCGCCGCCGUGCUGCAGCAGAUGGGCGUCAUGCUGCAGCCGGGCAACGCCAUCGCCCACCGCCUCUUGGCGGCCAAGUGGCUGCUGGCUUUUGUCACCGAGUUCUCGUCGGCCUCGAGGGCCAGCAACAUGAGCCAGCCCGUGGAGUUCCACACCAAGUCCCGACGCACACUGGAGAAGAGCGGCGGACUCAAGAACAUCGUGGCGCUGGCGGUGCCGCUGCUUGAAGACUCGAUCCGCAGCACGACGACGGCCUGCGGAGACGCGGGAGCUGCGGGCAACGUACCCGCGGAGCAGUUGGAGCUGCUGGACGCGGCCUUCCAGCUGUGUGUUGAGCUGCUCAACUGGCAGUUCGAAGACCCGCGCGCGGGCAACUUGACGUGGAGCUUGAGCGCCUCGGCGAACGAUGACGACAGUGGCAACCGACCUGUGCUAACCCCGCAGGCUUCGUGGAGACCGAUCCUGGUGCGCCCGGACCUCAUUCAUUCGGCAUUCAACACGUACGCGUUCUUCCGCAAUGUGGCGGCGAAGAACGAGACGCUGCUGCACUUGGCAAGACAGUUCCUUAUCCAGUUGGCGUCUCUGCAAGGCCCGAUCUUCGAGCGCAAGACGGAACAGGUGCAGUUCCUGGGUGAAAUCUUCCGUGGUGUCGUCACGGUCGUGCACAACCCGUUCUUGGAUUUGGUCGCACAGAGCGACUUUACUGGAUAUGAAUUGGCCACGCGCGAGUUGAUCGACUGCUGUCAGCUUCUCUUCCGACUUGUGAACAACAUUGGCCUUGAGGCGCUGCUGCAGGCCAACUCGGGACAACUUUUCUCUUCGUUUAUUGAGGAACUGGCCUCCCUGACCAGCAAGCUGCUGCACUCAGCUCUUGACCGUAUCCAGCGACACCUGCGUGAACACCCCAACGAGGCUAUUGAUGAACUUUGGGAGCUCGAGGGUGUUGAUAUUCUCCUGGACGCUUGGGUUGCGCUCAUUAACGACCCGCAGCUGUUAGAAGUUGGUGCGCCUGGAACAUCCAAGCCGGAAGCGGAGCAGGCUUUGGCACUGCUAAGCAAGGCCUCGGCGCCAGUUCUGGAGCUUUACCUUCAGGUUCAGUUGGAGUUGUGUGCGGUGGAGGCCCUUGCCGAGCAGGAUGAAGAGGAGGACGUAGAGGACAACGCUGCCAGUAGUGCACGCGAACAGUACGAGCUCGCUGCCGCACUGGCUAGGCUAAACUCGUCGGCGUCGGCGUCCUUGCUAGUUUCGCUUGUACAGUCGCUGAUGACGAGCGUGCAGCAGGAAUUAUCAAAACUGCAGGGGCGUGAUGAGAUGACUCCGGUGCUGUCCCAGCUUUUUGAGAAGCUGCACUUUGUUAUUCUCUUUGUGGGCCUGUUCCUUGCGGAUGAUUUCGAAGGUGAGCGUCCAGGUAUCCCGAACCGGAUUCACGUCACUCUCCGAGGUGUUGCCUCUGCUGAGGAUUCUCCCGUGGUGAACCUAAUUAUGUUGAUUAUGAGCCACGUGCUGGAGUUCGAGGCAUCCCGGCUUGCGCAAAACCCAACGAGCGACUGCGUGAGUCCCUUUGUAUCCGAAGGAUUGCUGAAAACGAUCACGCGGCUGUGUGCCACGUACCUGGCUCCUGAUGUACUUGUCGACUCCGGUGAAGUUGCCCCGGCACUGCUGCAAGUUUUUGGUUUCCAGAACGGCGGGCGAGCAGGAGAGCUGCUGAAUUUCUUGGUUCAGAAGACCACGGUGUACCUGCUGCACUGGUCCACACAACCCGUGGUCAUGGAAAACCUAAUCGAGUUCUUGUUGGUGCUCUCCAACACGAAAGCCAUCAACCCCGUCCUGAGCUCGCAGAUGUGGCAGUCGCUCGUCCAAGCCAAUGCGUCUGCUGGAUCGUUCAUGAGCGCGGCUACCGGUGGAAGUGAUGCACUGCAUACUGCAGUUGCUAGAAUUCCCGCCAAUCUACGAGGUCAACUGACGGAGGCCUUGUGCCGAGCUGGAAUGGCGUCGAGCGAUCAAAACAUGCGAGCUGCUCACUUCCAGGCGGUUAGUCACCCGGUCGAGCAGCGGUUGCAGCAGCUAAUCGCAAUGCCGAACUUCGAGGCGAAGCAAACUGCGAACGACGUGCGUGUGCAGGAAGAGCUGACGCUGCUCGUCGAGAUGUAUUCAGGUAUUGCGCGCUCUGCUGAAUCGACGAGCCAUGCACCCAUCACAACGUUCUGCCUGCCUGCACUGCCUGUCAUCGUCAAGAUUUUCCAGAUCUUCCAGGGUGACUCGCAAAUGGUGAACCUCAUCCUCAACUUCUUCUGCCUCAUGGUGGAGGCGCAGCUGUGUUACCUCUCUCCUCGCGACGCAUUGCUCGUAUACACUGCCAGCGACGAACUCAUCCGCGCUUACUGCCGGCACAACUUGGGCAAGAAGAGCAUGCUGGGAGGUGUUGAAGAGGAGAAUUAUGCUGACCUGUUGGCGCUUCUUACGCUGCUGUCGCAUCUCGUGUCGAAGGACUUUAUCGACUUCUCGGAAGACGCAACAACUGAGCAGGAGCAAGCCGAAGCUACCCGUGCUUCAAGCGUCGUGGCCGACGUGGUGUUCUCGGGCCUACGCCAAGUGAUUCCACUCAUGACCGAGCAGUUGCUGGCCUACCCGAGCCUGAGCAAGCAGUACUUUACGUUGGUGUCGUAUAUGGUGGAAGUGUACGCGGAGAAGCUUGUCACUUUGCCAAGCGAACUCUUCCAGAUGCUGCUCCACUCGCUGUUGGUUGGCAUGCGUCACGUGUCGGUGGAUGUGGUGCGUAACAGUUUCCAGGCGCUUGGUGAGCUGGCGAGCUACCACUGGAAGGCGCAGCAGGGGCAGAAGCCGGGACUCGAGGCCCACCGGCAGCAGCACCCGGAUAUGUUCAUGGCGUUCCUGCGCGUUAUCUUCCGCAUGGCGCUCUUUGAAGACUUCAACCCUGUCAUCCUGGACGCGUGCGCGGGUACUCUCUACCCGCUCAUUCUGAUCGAGCAGGCGCGCUACUCCGCGCUGGCCGAGGAAAUUAGCCACGAGCAGGCGAGUCUGGACCCGUCCGCCCAGCAGCGGUUGUCUGCCGCGUUUACCGAGCUCAUCAGCUUUUUGACGCCAGCGGACAUCGCCACGGGCACCGCGACCACACGCAAGAUGCGCAUGCAGUUCAAGACGAACCUGUACGCCUUUGUAGCUGAAGUGCGAGGCUUCCUUCAGGUCAAGUAA